AAAAAUAUAAAAAAUUAUUAUAUUUUAAAAAAAUAAAAAUAAAUUAAUAAAUAAUAACAUUAAUAAAUAUAAAAUUAUAAAAAAUAAAUAUAUUUUAAUAUUAAUAACUUAAUAUCAAUGGAAGGAACAAAUAAAAGACCUAUUACCAGAAGAAAUUCAAUUGAAGAUCUGACAAAAAGCUAUCAACAUCCCUAUAGCAUUAGAUAUCAUUUUACAAAUGAUGGUAAAUGUUUAGCAGCAAAAAAAUAUAGAGAAAAAAACAAUCUUUCAAAUGAUACAAUAAAUACUUUAGAUUAUCACUUUGCCAAAGAGAGGGUAUAGAGCAACUAUGAUGAACCUUUAAUUCAAAUGCUUAUUGAAGAAAAAAAGAAACAAAUACAUAUUUAAGUAUAAAGAAAUCCAAAAAUACUUAGAAGAAAGUUUAGAUCACAGAAAUGAUACAAUAAAAUAUUGGAAAGAAAAUAGUAUUGAAUAUCCAACAUUAUAAUCAAUUAUAAGAAAUGUUCUUUCAGUUGCUUCUUCUUCCGUUGAAAUUGAAAGAACAUUUUCGGGUGCUAAGUUGUUGGUUACAUGUAGACAACAGAUCAAAUUUGGGUUGGGAAAGAAUAGAACAAUGUGUGUUAUUAAUGGAAUGGUCAAACAUUUCAAGAGUAGAUAUUGUCGAAAAAACUCUGUCUUUAAUAAUUAUUCAAAUAUUUCAAAAAUGGAAUGAUUAAAUAAAAUUGUACAAGAAUUUUAAAUUUUUUUCAUAC